AUGACUUUGAAACUAAACCAAAAGGUCAAUUUAUUAAUUUUAAACUUGCUGAAUUAUAUAAGCUUUACUUAAGACACUAACUAAUCAGCCUUUAUUAACUUAACAAAUACUCGAAAUGAAUUAUGUAGCAAUAUAAAAUUUUGUAAAAUAAAAACUUAAAUUAGUUGACAUAUCUGAUACUUAAAGAAAAGAAGUUUGGAAUUCAAUAUAUGCUAAAUCACAUUUUGAAAUAUAAGAAAACAUUGAAAUUAUUGUUAACAACAGUUAUGAGCUAACGAAUAAUGAUUAUUUCACUUAAUUAUCUAGCUACACUAUCCCUUGGAUAAUACUUGCUUUUGGAACCCUUAUACUUUCUAUUUUGUAUAUAAUAAUUGUUUUAAAACCAAAGUUAAAAUAAUAGUUGAUUUUAGUUCUGUUGUAGUUUGGAUAAAAAAUCAUACAGAUGAAGAAUAUAUUAAAAAUACAAAAAGAUUACAUAAAUAUGGCAUCGUCUCAAUUGUUAUUUUAAAUCUAAUCAUCAUAAUUUGUUCUAUAAUUGCUUUAGUAAUUAUAUAAUUACAAAAAAUUAGGUUUAUAAAAAUGAUGUUACUGAAGGACUCUCUUAUUCAAGUUGUUAUUUAAGCUAAUCAUUUGACGAUUUAUUAAAUAAAAAAGAUGAAAAUUUUGUUGGAUAUGGUAAUCUUUAAACAGAUUUUUAAAUUUUGUCAAAACAUAUUCAAGAUUUUUAGAUAAAUUUAAAGAAUUUAUUUUAAGAUAGAAAAUCUAUUAAAAUGGCAUAAAAGCUAUCAGAAUUAAUUGAAUUUAAUGAUUAGUAUUUUAUUUAUUUAAUUUAGAUUUAAGAGAAAUUUACCAAGAUCCCCAUUGCCAAUAAUGAUAUCUUCUAAUGGUACAAAUGUAAUAGAAAAAGUAGAGUCUCAUUUUUCAAAAUCUAAAUUAGUAAUUUAAUAAAUAACAAUAUUAGUUUGAUUAUAUCUUAUCAAAUGAAUAAGAUGAAGAUUAUUUGACUUUUUAAGAAUAUUAUGAUCUUCUCAAAUAAUAAGAUGAACAACUUUAUUUAACAGAUCAAAUAAAUUAAGUGAAUAAUUUUUAUGAAAAUGUUUUUUAGCAUUUUGGAGUAAUUGAGAAUUCAUCUUUUACUCUAAGAGAUUAAAGAUUGACUUAAACAUAUUCAAAAACUCAAAAAUAAUUAUAAGUGAUAAACAAUUAUUUAUUUGUAUAUUCUAAUAAGUAUAUGGGCUUUCAUUAGAGUUUGAAUGAUAAAAUUAUUACUUACACAAAUGCUGUAAUGGGAAUUGGAAUUACAUUAAUAAUUUUUUGCUUUUUUUAGAUCAUAAUUUGGGUAGGCUAUUGGUUAAAUUAUAAGCUAAAAAUUAAAAAUAUUAUUGAUUUCUUAUGGUUUAUUUGUAAUUUAUUGUUAAUAGCGCUAUUAAUUGUAAAUAUAUUCCUCCAUUCUCAUUCUUAAUUAUCAUAUGAUUUGUGUAUAUAUUUUGAUGGUUUUGUAAAUAAAAUUGAAAAAUACUAAACUCAAGAUAUCAUUAAUUUUGACGAUUCAAAAUAAACACUACAAAAUUGUCUAUUUGAAGAUGGAAAUAUUUAUGAAUAAUUAAAUCUUAUUUAAAAAAUAAAAGAUAUUAGAACAUAUAUAUAUGGUGAUUAAGGAAUAGAUGAAGAAAUUUAAAGAAUUACUUCCAACUAAGAAGAAUUUAUAAAAAAAAUCUAAAAUAAUAGUUUAAGUCUAACUUAAAUUUUAGAUGGAACAAUAAUUGAUCUUGAUUAAAAUUAAAAGGCAGAGUUUUAAAAAAUAGUAAAUGCUUUUAAUGAUUUAAGACAAAAUCAAGAUUGUAUUGAAUUAGCAUUUAAAAUUUGCUCUGAUGGAACAAGUCCAAAAAAAUAAGGAUCGUAAAACCAAACAUAAUAUUGCUGGCAUCCUUCUUAUUUAAUAACUAAAUAUUCUUCAAAUUGUUAUGAACAGUAAAAUUAAUUUUAGAAAUUAAAACAGCAUUUUUAAUCUCAAGCCUAAGGUUGGAUGUAAGCAUAAUAGUUAGAAUCAUAAUUUGUCUCUUUAAAUUAAGUAAUUAUUGAAAGCUUAAAUUAAUAUAUUUAAUUAUUUUAAAAGUUUAAUGAAAAAGAACAAAUGAUUUUGACAAGUAUGAAAAAUAUACUAAAGUCAGCUAAUUGUACAUUCAUAAAAGUAAAUAAUUAUUUUUUAAAUAUAGGAACAUUACAAUAAAAUGUUAGAUGGGAUGUGCAUAAUUUAUGCUGAAUCAAUAUAAAAAGUAUCUAUACUUGUAAUAAUCAUUAUAUGUAUGCUAUUUCUAUCUGUCAUUUUUAAUUGUCUUACCUCUAUCUAGGUAUCUCAUUUGGAAUCUUAUGAAGAAUAUGCAUCUACAAAGGUUAUGAAUUUUGCAGGAUCUAGUAGAAUGAGAGGCACAGAUGACCUAAAUCAAAUGCAACAUGUAUAUCCUUUGAAUGUAAUGAGUGUUGACUAAGAUUCAAAAUGAGC